GGAAAAGAAAACGCGUCGCUUGAGUGGAGGGAAGUUUGACGACUCUUCGAGUGUAAAUAUCGACAUUACAUCGGAAUGAGUGGACAGGAAUCCAAAGGUGGCCCAUGGAGGGGUGGCAAUGGUGGUUGGAGAGGAAACAGUGGAGGAUGGAGAGGAGGAGGUGCUGGAGGAUGGAGAGGAGAAGGAGGAGGCAAUAAGGGAUGGAGAGGUGGAGGAGGAUGGAGAGGAAGCAGUGGAUGGAGGGGUAAACCUCUGAGAGGGGAUUCAGGUACUGGACAAGGAGGACCAAUGGGAGGGAAGACUGGCGGCGAUAGCAGAGUGUCGGCAAGUCACAGCUCACACAUUGGCACACAUAGGGUCCUCCAUCAGGCCACUCUGGAUGUGCUGUGCCCUUACAAAGGAUGGUCACUGUACUUCACUGACGGUUUCAUCGAGAGCUCUCCCAGUGUGGAGAAGAUCAAAGUGUUUGAGAAGUACUUUGCCUCCAAGAUUGACCUCUACGACAAGGAGGAGAUCGAGCGUCAGGGCAACGUGCUGAUAGAUUACGCAGACUUGAGCACAAAUGAGACGGUGCUUGCGGCGCUUCCUGCCCUGGCUGUUGAGUUGAAGGAGCAACCGGAGGUGAUCCUCAACUGUUUGGGAGUGGCCGUUCACCAAGUGUUAACCGCGGACUUAGAAAAGCAGGCUGCCGAGCUGCCCGGGGACGAGCUACCUACGGCCACACCAAUUAUCCACAUCCCUCACAUCACCGCAAGGCUGUAUAACUAUGAGCCGCUGACUCCGCUACGCAAGCUGCGCGCCAGCCUGUUCGGCUGCCUGGUGUGCGUGAGGGGCACGGUGGUCCGGGUGAGCACCAUCAGGCCUCAGUGCAGCAGGCUGGCCUUCCAGUGCCUGACGUGCUUCAGCACGCUAUCGCUACCGCUGCAGCGCGGGAAGUAUGCGACACCCACCAAGUGCAUCCGUUCAGAUUGCCGCAGUCGUGCAUUCAGUGCCAGACGGAGUUCCCCUCUUACACACACCGUCGACUGGCAAAUCAUCAAGGUGCAGGAGUUGGUGUGCGGCGAGAGGAGGGAGGCCGGACGCAUCCCACGCACCGUAGAGUGCCACCUGACCGCCGACCUCUGUGACAGUUGCGUCCCCGGCGACACAGUGACAGUGACGGGGAUCGUUAGAGUCUCAACGGAGGGCAACUCCCGGAGGAAUAAGGACAAGUGCAUGUUCCUCCUCUACAUUGAGGCCACCUCAGUGAGCAACACAAAAGGUAAGCAGUCAAAGCCUGGAGGCGCGGGGUCGUCCGGCAGCUCGCCCGAGGAUCGCACUGGAGGUGAGGAGUUUAGCCUGAAGGAGCUCUACGCCAUCCAGGAGAUCCAGUCGCAGCCUGACCUGCUCAGACUCAUAGUUCACUCUCUGUGUCCAGCCAUUUACGGCCACCUGUUGGUGAAAGCGGCGCUUGUGUUGGUGUUGUUCGGAGGCCGGCAGAAGCACGUGGGGAAGAACCGCGUCCCAGUCAGAGGAGACCCCCACGUCUUGAUGGUGGGAGAUCCUGGACUGGGCAAAAGCCAGAUGUUGCAGGCGGUGUGCAAUGUGGCUCCUCGGGGGAUCUACGUUUGUGGCAACGCCACAAGCACUGCAGGACUAACGGUGAGUUUGUGCAGAGAUCAACCAAGUGGAGACUACGCCCUGGAGGCUGGGGCCUUGGUGCUGGCUGACCAAGGAUUGUGCUGCAUUGAUGAGUUUGACAAGCUGGGCCGCCAGCAGCAGGCUCUUUUGGAAGCCAUGGAGCAGCAGUCCGUGAGUCUGGCAAAGGCGGGCAUCGUUUCCUCUCUGCCCGCCAGAACCUCCGUCGUCGCUGCCGCCAACCCCGUCGGAGGCCAUUACAACCGAGGCAAGACCGUCUCUGAGAAUUUGAAGUUGGGCUCACCGCUGCUAUCCCGCUUCGACGUGGUCUUCCUCCUCCUGGACAUCCCAGACGAGUCUCGCGACCGUCGCCUGUCGGAGCACAUCAUGGCCACCCGGGCCAGCGGAGGGAAAAUCAUCAGCGCCGUCAUUGCUAGGAGCUGCGAGAGAGAUGCCGAGACAUCUGUCUUGUUGGAGCCCGCGGACAUGCCGCUGUCUGAGCGUUUGCAGAUCCCAGUAGGUGAAGCGGUCGACCCCAUUCCAGCGUCCUUGUUAAGGAAGUACAUCAGCUACGCUCGCCACUACGUUCACCCCACGCUCUCAUCGGAAGCCGCUCAGACACUUCAGGACUUCUACCUGUCGCUGAGGUUCCAGUCGCAAGCUGCCGACACCACUCCCAUCACUACCCGUCAGCUCGAGUCUCUCAUCAGACUCACCGAGGCGAGAGCCAGACUGGACCUCAGUGAGACGGCCACCAAGAGCCAUGCUGAAGACGUGGUGGAAAUUAUGAAACACAGCAUGGUUGACACGUACUCUGAUGGCCUGGGCAAUCUGGACUUUGAGCGCUCGCAGCUGGGCGCGGGCAUGAGUCAACGUAGCGCCGCAAAGAGACUCAUCAGUGCCCUCCAAGCGCACGCCCAGCGGACCAAUCAGAAAGAAUUUGACCUGCAGACCAUCCGAUCUGUGGCGAAAAGGCUGAACAUCCAGGUAAUGGACUUUGAGGGUCUGGUGAGUUCACUGAAUGAACAAGGCUACCUGUUGAAGAAGGGAGCCAAGCUCUACCAACUUCAGACUGUCUGACAAGCCAAACAGACUUGACCAUCACUCACCGAAGGACUAAAAUUACCAUUCGACACCAAAACAAAUAACAGACUAGGCAAGGAGUGUGAAAGGUAUCUCUCUUCUUUAAUCAGACCCACUAUAUCUGUUCUGCCAACAUUAAUUUACAUUUUAUGUAUUAUUUUCAGUAUUUUAUAAUGAAAUCCCAUUGUUUUGAAGAUCGCAUGUGGUCUCAAGCACAAGAUUUGCCCACCCAUGUGAUAGUACAGGCUACAUCUACCAGAGAAUUCACAUAGAGGUAUCUGUAAUUUCAUUUGAAUUAGUCGUUCUCCUCAAAAGACACAUUUUUCUAGUUUUCGGGGAGGGGGGGGGGGGGGUAUUUUCUUGACUCGCACUUUGUUAUAGAGCUAUUUAUUAAAUAAACAACUUUUCGAAACUAGG